AUUCCGCUUUGACUGAAACAUCGAUCGAACUCCUGUAACCAGAUCGUGGAAUAACCUACCAUCAUGAAAUUGAUUCACGAAUCAGAGGACGCGAAGUUCGACAGAAAGAAUCUCAAACCUCAGGUGGAAAGACGUCGAAGAGAGAGAAUGAACCGCAGUCUGGAGAGCCUGAAGACACUUUUACUGCAACAACAGGAAGCAUCUCAGCGCAGAGUAGAGAAAGCUGAGAUACUCGAGCACACGGUGCUGUUUCUCCAGAACACUGCUGAAAGAGAAAAGACGAGAGUUGGAGAUGUUGCCGGAGGCCAGAAACACUCCUACCAGGACGGUUUCUCCGCCUGCCUACAGACAGCUUCUCGUUUCCUUGGACCUGAUGGGAAAGGGCGUUGGCUUGGAGCAGCACUGGAUGCAUCUCUUGCUGCUCGCGUUUCCAGUUUAGACUCUGAUUCUACAGGCGUCCCAAGAAGAACCGAAGUCUGCUGCUCGUCCAACUCUCUCAGAAACUCCUCGACGUCUAUUCUUCGCAUGCUGAUACACAGGUCCGGGCACAGGAUGCGCACAACUGCCCCCACUGUGCUCAGUUGUGUUCAGACCCUCGGAGAAUCACAUUGCUCUCCAACGACUCCCCAUCAGCCCCGCAAAGUGGCGAGUCCAGCGAGCAAACAGAGCCCGUCUCAGAGCAUCACAGCCAGCCAGUCACUGUGGAGGCCCUGGCCCUGAUCCACAAGAAGUCACUCCAAAAACUGAACUUUAAAUGACUCUAACAGGCCGGUUAAUAUUUAUAAAAGAACAAGUGUUGUUAAUUCGACUUCUAAGGAAGUUUUCAGUGCAAUGUAUCCAACACGAAAUCCUGCAAUCUGUUAUGUCUGGCAAUAUGUACUGUACAUGUAUUGUUAUCACACCAAGUGCUGCUAUAGUCUUUGAGGCUAAUAACUGUGUCAUAUUGAUAAGCGUUUUUGCACCUUAAUUUAUUUUAUUUGUCAUUUGCGAAUAAACAAAAAAAA